CUCCCCCAUGACUCCACAGCCACAUUAAAACAUGCGGCGGUUAUUCAAACUGGCAGCAGAACUAGUUCUUCAUACACCCACUAAUUCUUAUUCAGAUGAGUUAAUCUUCCAACAAAGACGUGCAACAGUGUCUGUUUAGAGAACUGGAUUUCUACUAAAUUCAUUUUGCUGAGAAAAUAACUACACACGCCUCAGAGCAUCAGUUAUUCCUCUGUCAAGGACAAUAACAUUUGGAAUAAACAUUCAUAUUUUGAUUCCUAUACAACCUUCAGUGGAUAUUUUAUCUCAGAGCAAUGGUGCUGCUUGAAGAUCAGGAAUGUGGGGUCUGCUACCUGCGUUAUUCCCGUACAGACCGCAUUCCCAGAAUGCUGCACUGUAACCACACUUUCUGCACAUCCUGUUUGGAGACAAUGGGACUUUAUUACAGUGGUCUGCGCACCAUUCGCUGUCCUCUCUGUCGCCAAGUGACCUGUGUGGACCGUGGGCUUAGUUUGCAGGAGGCGCUUUUUGUCGAUAGCCGAGUGUGGGACCGCAUUUUUGACAACGAAGAGGAGGCAGAGGAUGAGAGAGUGCAGGAAAAGGAGGAAGAGGGGGAAAACUGUGAAAUACAGGUGCUUCCCUCAACAAAGGCUAAAAGUCCAGUUCCAAAAGAACAGAGACCUAAACUUCGGUUCCCGUCUUUUCUGAAGAGAAUGGUUUUCUUUAGGCACCCUGAAGAGAGGAUUGUUCCCAGCUGCAAUGUAAUAAUGAUGUCAUGGCGAAAGCUGUAAUCAGAAGAGGUAUUUCAAAAAUGGGACAAGUACACACAGACUAUGUAAACACUGGAUCAACAGUAUGAAUGAACUUUCUCCAUCUGUUUUGCUCCUUUUAUUAAAUCGGUAUGCUAUGUGCUAAUUAAACCCAUCACGCUGAAAAAGCAGAAGCAUCAGUCAGCUCUGGACAAGGUCGCUUAAACAAAUACAAUCCCCUCCAUGUGUUUCCCUGAUGACAUUUUCCACUUGAAUAGCUGCAAGUCUAAAUCCUGCACUUCCAUCCGAGGGGAACUUCUCAUUAGAUAUUCCACCCUUAAUCCGUCCCAGCUGUCCCGAUAGGGAGAGAGAGCCCAGAUGCGAAACAAGACUUGGAGCAGAUGGCAUCUUAAGGAAGACUUUCACCUGAUGUGAAUCACGCCCAUGGCUCAAACAGACUCUUUAAGUUAUUAUAAGCUUUGUUUUAUUUAUGCAAUUUACAAUUAUUGUAAAUUAAAAAAUUGUGUUAUUGAUCCCUUUCUCCCUU